GAUGGUUUAAACAAGUUUCUCAACUUUGCAUUUAGUAAUACAACACAAGGUGAUCAAAUUUCAUGUCCGUGCAAGAAUUGUAAUAAUUGUUGUUGGAGUAACCAAGCAGAAGUUUAUGAACACUUAAUUUGUGAUGGAUUUGAUAAAAGAUAUGAUAAAUGGAUUUUUCAUGGGGAAGGUGGAUCUUCAAAAGUGGAUAAAGAAAAGGCUAAUAUGCAUGAUAAUUUGGAUGAACUUUUAGAGGAUACUUUCAUGAUGCCUGAGUGUGAUUUUGAUGACAUCUUGGAUGAAGAUGAAGAGUUUGAUGUAGAAAUGGUGAGGAUUUACAAUUUAGUACGUGAUGUUCGUCAAGAAGCAUACCCGGGUUGUAAAAAAUUCUCAAAACUAUCAAUCAUUGUUCGUUUACUCCAUAUUAAGAACCUUUAUGGGUGGAGCAAUGUAUCAUUUAGUGCACUACUACUGUUGCUCAAAGAAUUGCUUCCUGAAAACUCUUCUUUGCCGGUAACAUUCCAAGAUUGCAAAUACUUAAUCAAAGAGUUAGGUUGUAGUUAUGAAAAAAUCCAUGCUUGUCCUAAUGACUGUAUCCUAUUUUGGAAAGAGCAUGAGAAUGAAGAUACAUGCCCCAAGUGUGGCGCUUCUAGAUAUAAAGAGAGAGUGUGUCUAAAUCUUAAGAAGAAAGUUUCUUGCAAGGUAGUUUCUCCUCUGGUUCCAGCCAAAGUGUUGAGGUAUUUUCCUCUUAAAUCGAGGAUCAAGAAGUUAUAUAUGUCAUCAAAAACUGCUGAUUCAAUGAAAUGGCAUGAGAAGGGUCGUACUAAUGAUGGAAAAUUAAGGCAUCCUGCAGAUUCACUUGCUUAGAAAACUUUUGAUUCACUACAUCCUGAUUUUGCAUUGGAUCCACGAAACGUGAGGCUUGGGUUAGCAAGUGAUGGAUUUAAUCCAUAUAAGACAAUGAGUAGCAAAUAUAGUAUUUGGCCAGUUGUUCUGAUGUCAUACAACCUACCUCCAUGGGCCUGCAUGAAGCAACCUUAUUUGAUGUUAUCUUUACUUAUUCCAGGUCCUUCUUCCCCUAAAAGUAGCAUAGAUGUCUAUUUAAAACCUUUAGUUGAUGAGCUAAAGGAGUUAUGGGAGAAAGGAUUUGAAACCUAUGAUGCCUCUAGUAAGCAAUAUUUUAAUGUUCGAGCUGCAUUACUUUGGACUGUGAGUGAUUUCCUUGCCUAUGUUAUGCUAUCAGGUUGGCGUACUAGUGAAAAGUUGGCAUGCCUUGUGUGUAACUAUGAUACAUGGUCCAAGUACUUGCCAAAAAGUAAAAAGAUGUGCUACAUGGGUCAUCGUAGAUUUUUGGACUCCAAUCACAAAUGGCAGAAAAAUAAGAAGUGUUUUGAUGGCUAUGAAGAAUUUAGAGUUGCUCCGAUUCCAUUAUUAGGUUCUACUAUAUUGGAAAAAAUUGGCGAAAAAGAGAAUUUAUUUGGAAAUCCUCAAAAGAGGAAAAGAAAUAAUGUUGAUCCAUGGACAAAAAAAAGCAUAUUAUUUGAGUUGCCAUAUUGGGAUACUAAUUUGCAUCAUCACAAUCUCGGUGUAAUGCACAUCAAAAAGAACAUUUGUGAAAAUGUAAUUGGAACAGUGUUGAAUGUAGAUGGGAAAUCAAAGGAUCAUAUCAAAGCUCGCCUUGACUUGGUAAAGAUGGGUAUAAGGCAUGACAUUCACCCAAUAGAAAUAGAACCAAAUAAAUAUUUGUUACCACUUGCACGAUUUACUCUUUCAUCAAAAGAAAAGGAUAUCUUUUGUGGCAUCUUGAAAGGAGUGAAGCUUCCAGAAAAUUAUGGGUCUAAUAUUUCUAAUUGUGUUCAACUUGAGCAGCAAAAACUUCUUGGGCUUAAAAGUCAUGAUUUUCAUAUUCUGAUGCAAGACUUACUUAAAAUAGCAGUACGAAGAGUUUUACCAAAAGAAGUUGCAAGAGUUUUAAUUAAGUUAAGCUCAUUCUUCAAGAUUUUAUGCUCCAAAGUUAUCAAUGUUAAAUUAUUUGAAUGUUUGGAUGUUGAAAUUGCAUUGAUUCUUUGCGAAUUGGAAAGAAUUUUCCCUCCAUCUUUUUUUGUUAUAAUGGUUCAUCUACCAAUACAUUUAGCAUACGAAGCUAGAAUUGCAGGACCCAUGCAUUACCAUUGGAUGUAUCCAAUUGAGAGGUUUCUUCUUAAGUUAAAGAACUAUGUGCAUAAUAGACGUUAUCCAGAGGGUUCUACUGCGGCUAUAUAGCAGAUGAAUGUUUGACAUUUUGUUCAAGGUACUUAGAUGACGAUAUCCAAACAAAAUUCAAUAAACCAGCAAGGAGUUUAGAUGGUCCUAUAGGAGAUGGAGUCAUGACAAGUUUGGAUAUGAACCUUCCCGCUCAUAUCAUCACAUGUUAACCACCAUCCAUGAACCUACCCGCUCAUGGCACAGCAUCUCCUGAUCCAAGCAUAGCAUCAUUGUCAGUUAAAAACAACACACACAACUCAUAACCUGCUGCACAAUCACCUGGCGCAUCAGCCAGCACCGCCUGGCAAAACAGGUUCAGACUGCCUGGCGCCAACGCCCUCCCAGCGCCACUGUUUGCCCAACACCGCCUGGCGGGGCACUCCCUUGCCGCCAAGCGCCACGCGGUGCAUGAGUCUUUUCAGUGAUUCCUAUCGCCUGACGGUAUCAACAAACCGCCAGGUGCCAUACUAGUAACUCCCUACUACUGGUUAUGACAUUCAAAAUGUCAGAGCUUGAGGAGGCCAUUACUUUACACCCUAAGGCAGAGGAAAGCACAACUUAGGAUGAUUUAUUUUCCCAAGUCUUGGGUAAAGAGAGACCUAGCUUUGUACGCACAUAUGGAAAAGGGGUUGCACCUACAGAUUUAUGGGGAACUAAGUCUACAAUUGAAAUCCAGAAAAUAAUAGAUGAAGUGAAAAGGAAUGCUAGAGUAGAGAUGCAAGAGGAGAUGCAAGUAAAAUUACAAGAACAAGUGGAAGCCAUCAAAACUGAAAUGUUUACUGGUUUUAAAACAUUUUUGGCUCAGUUGCAGACAUGCUUUCCAACAGUAGCAAUUCCAGAAUUUUCUAGCAUGUGGAAUCCAAAUAUAAAUGAAAGAGAUAUGAAGCUAUGGUUUUAUACAACAUUUUAGGUCAUUGUUUGUUCGCAUAUUGUAAAUAUAUGCAUCCUUGUAAAUUUGUUUCAUUUUUUCUCUUCAUAUUUAGGACAAAAUUAACUCUCAUAGGAAGAAAAAGCGGAAGGAGGAAAAAGCUCAAAGGAAGCAUGUUGAAAGUAAAUCAAAAGAAUCUAAAGCAAAGAAGGCCAAAGUUUUAAAAGAUUUAAAUGUGCCCGAGCAUCCUCCCACUAUGUCUCCCAAUAUGGGUAAUCCUUUAAAAGUUAUUCACAAACUAGUGGAUCCAAGCCUUGAAGGAAGUUAUCCAAUUGAAUCAGUUUUGAAGACAUUGAAUGAGUUGAAAGAAAAGACACCACAAAAAGAAAAUUUUAGUGGUGCUAAGCUCAAGAAAAGUGGGGAAAAAUAAGGACUUUGUCAUGGUUGUAUACAUUGCUUAUAUUUGCAAUUGGUUGAGAACAUAUUUUCUUAUUGUUGCAGACUUUUUUUCUUAUAUUCACAGACUUUAUUGUUGAUGCCUAGCAAGUCAUGAUGCUAGUGCAAUUAGGUACUUGUUUGUAGCAUUUUAUGGAGCAUUUUAUGGGACAAUUUAUAUAGUCAAUAUUUGAUUUGAGUGGAUACAGUAUUCAGAAACUGUGGUUGUAUUCAAAUGAAAGAAUUCGAAUAUUUUUGUGUUUGCA